GUGAAUGAAUCAUGUUUCCGAUGCAGAGACACUACUGGGCAAAGCGGCUCACUUGUUAUUCAUAUUCAUGGACACCCAUCAUCAGCUCCAACUCUCUAUCUUCCCCUUCAGAUUUCCAUUCUGCAUUCGAAGACCAUCAAACCCUCUAUCGUUUUCUUGAGGCCUGCAAACUCUCCUUGAAUUCCAGAACUGCAGCUGAGACACAUGCAAGAAUCAUUAAGUUUGGGCAUGGAAACUAUCCUUCUCUAGUAGCUUGUUUAAUAUCAACUUAUGCACGUUGUGAUCGCAUUCAUCUAGCUCGGAAAAUUCUCGAUCAAGUGUUUUGCUGGGAUUUUGAUUUGGUCUCCGUGAAUAUAAUUAUUGAAAGUCUCAUGAAAAAUGGAGAAAGUGAUUUUGCCAAGAAGGUAUUUUACAAAAUGCCUACCCGAGAUAUAGUGACAUGGAACUCAAUCAUUGGAGGUCUUGUUAAGAAUGUGCGUUUCCAGGAGGCAUUGAGAUUUUUCAGGGAGAUGCUGAGCUCGAAUGUACAACCUGAUGCAUCUACGUUUGCUUCUAUAAUGAGUGGGUGUGCACGGUUUGGAUCUCUGAAAAAUGCUCAGUGGGUGCAUGCUCUGGUGAUUGAGAACAAAAUUGAACUGAAUUCUAUACUGAGUGCUGCACUAGUAGACAUGUACGCCAAGUGUGGUAGAAUCCAAACUGCAAAAGAAGUUUUUGAUAGUGUCAGGCGCAAUGAUGUGUCCGUUUGGAAUGCAAUCAUUAAUGGGCUAGCAAGUCACGGUCUUGGUUCAGAUGCACUUGCAUUAUUUUCAAAGAUGGAGCUUGAAAAUGUUUUACCUGAUUCCAUAACUUUCAUUGGGAUUUUAACAGCAUGUAGCCACUGUGGUUUGGUUGAACAGGGUUGCAAGUACUUUGAUUUAAUGAGAAAUUGUUACUCAAUUGAGCCACAACUUCAGCAUUAUGGAGCCAUGGUUGAUCUCUUGGGUCGAGCGGGGCGUUUAGAAGAGGCUUAUGCCAUAAUUGAUUCAAUGCCAAUGGAACCAGACAUUGUUAUAUGGAGGGCACUUCUUAGUGCCUGUAAAACUUACACGAAGCCAGCAUUAGGUGAAAUUGCAAUUGCAAAUAUAUCCCGACUCAGAAGUGGAGACUAUGUGUUGCUGUCUAAUAUCUAUUGCUCUUUAAAGAGAUGGGAUACCGCAGAGAGAGUUAGAGAAAUGAUGAAGAAGACCGGGGUUCGCAAAAAUCGUGGAAAGAGUUGGGUUGAGUUGGUGGGUGUCAUUCACCAAUUCAAGGCAGGUGAUCGGUCACACCCUGAAACAGAAGCAAUAUAUAGAGUGUUAAAGGAGUUGAUCAAACGGGUCAAGCUCGAGGGAUUUACCUAUGUGACAGAGUUGGUUUUGAUGGAUGUCUCUGAAGAGGAAAAGGAGGAAAAUUUGAAUUUUCAUAGUGAAAAGUUGGCAUUGGCCUAUGGGAUCCUAAAAACUAGUCCUGGAACAGAAAUUAGGAUUUUCAAAAACUUGCGAAUUUGUCAUGAUUGUCAUUGUUGGAUAAAAGUGGUUUCCAUAGUAUUAAACAGAGUGAUAAUCGUAAGGGAUCGGACCCGUUUUCACCGGUUUGAAGGUGGUUUAUGUUCUUGUGUAGAUUAUUGGUAGCCAACCACUCAACCCCCAAAUAGCCAAUAGAUAUGUCCUUUCUAGGACAUUCAUAAGUUUGGAGAGCAUAACCUACAGUUGCAAAUGGGCUUAUUGGCUGGUUGAAGUAAAAACUCAAUACUGUUUUACAAUCAACCUCAGGUGGCAGUCAACUUUGUUAAAGUAUCUGAAAUUUCUGAAGAGAUAUUCUAUGAGCCUCUGGCUUGAAUCACAUGUAAUUGAAAAUUCUUUAGAAUUGAUGACAACAUGUUCUUAGCCCGGGGAUGAAACCUUGGUCAACGUUAUUGGGUCACUCAUACAGCAUUAGAUUUUGGCCAUAUAAUAUAGACUAAAGUGAGAGUUAGAUGGUCAAGCAAAGUAAACAAUUUUAAAGCCUAAUCAUGUGGUUGGAGGUGCUCAAGUUAAUUGCCAAUGCUAUUGGAUUUAGGUGAAACCACACAACCUAUGCUA